GUUUGCAAUAUUGAGACAAACUGUAGGUUGUAGUAAGUUGUAAAAUAACAUCCAAAGCAGAACCAGAGUGGUGUUGCCAAGGAGAAUAAAAUGCAAAAAAAUAAAAAAUAAAUAAAGUAGCACACGGAUCACUAUGGUAUGAUCAUUUUAAAAGCUACUAAAUUCUUUUUAUUUCAAAUGGCUAAUGCAGGUCUUCUCAAAGCUGGAAACUAGUUUAGACUAGGGCAACAUAUUUGAGAAUUUGGUCACUUAGCUCAGAUUUCUUUACACUGGCUUCCCUGUUUCUUCACAGUUACUUUUUCUGAGAUCCAACUCCUGACAAGAUGCAGUAGCAUUCUUUCUUCCUACUUCUGACACGUUUUCACAGCAGCGCUGCUCUCCCCUGUGCUCACUGUGCACCCGUACAUUAGUGCGUUUCUCAAAGUCACGAAUCAGAACAAGUGGCCUCUGUUAUGCAUCACACCAGUCUAGACGCUAACUCACAUUACUUACAGGCUAAGCGGCCAGCUGCAUUAUUACUGGCUCAAUAAAGCGAUGGAGACAAUGUUAAUAAUACUUGAAGAAAUGCAGAUCAUCGUUUGAUGCCAUGUAUUUUUGCUUUUGCAAAUGGUCAGUUGGACAAAUUAGUGCAUGGCGGGAGAAAGCUCAACUGCAGUUGUUACUGAAAAGGUUAGUUGUGUGCACUCCUGAGAACUAGGAGUCAGUAAUCUGUGGCUAUAGACAGACGGUUGGCUUGCAAACAUGCAAAGGAGCUAAUCUGUCCUCUCAUCUUUUAUUUGACUCAGAAGUGCUGACUAAAUAAGGUUUGUGCUGCAGUGAAAGACAACAUCAGACAUGCAACACAGAUUCCAUGUGUAACUAGUGAUACUAAGCCACUGCAUUGUGGUAGGAAAAACAACCCCAAAGAUAUCAGCCAUAUACACGUCUGGAGUACAUGUCUGGAGUACAGCAUGCAGUCUGCCAUGAAAGAACAAACAGGCUUUGUUACUGAUAAUUGAGAAAGAACUAUUUGCACAGUAAUUAAAAAGCAAUGUUCCCCAUUAAUUGCAGUGGUUGGGAACAAGUCCAGGACUUUGUAUAUUUAAGCGUUCCCAGUGCCACCAUGAAAGCAUUCUGAAUGGCCAUGCAAAUAUUGUCACAAAAUGAGGCUAUCUGAAAAGCGGGAAUGGUGGUCUGUCUGGGCUCAUUCAUAACGAAACUGCAGUAAACCAACUGGUCCCCACCACAGGGUCUUUGCUGAGGUUCAAGGGCCAAUGUUUGAAAAACUUGUGCUGGCUGCAGCUGCGUCUUGUUUAGCUCCGGGGUUAUUUUUAGAGCAGCUGAAUGUGUGCGUCUGCUGCUUUAGCAUACACUUCUGCAGAUCUGUGACUUCAUUAUCUGUGCUGCUCGUUCAUUAUCUGUGGCAAACAUUCAGACGCGUGGCCCCAUUAAACAGCUGUGCUGCUGGUGCAGGCGCUGGCGCUGCCUCUGUGUGACACUGCCCGGCUCGCUGGCAGGCUGCAGCUCGGAUGGAGGCAGCAGUUCAGAUCUCACGGAUGAGCAUCGGACCAGUCGGCCCGCUGCUUAGUAUGGAAUAUUUGCACAAAGCGAACGGCCAGAUCCAAAUGCACCGGCGGAAAAAAGGAACCACAUAGUCACGCAAAUUAGAAAAACAGGUCGUUUCGCCGGUCUCCAUGGCUUCUGGCCUCGGCGAUGAAGAGGGAAGAGAGGGCGCUUCGUGGAGACUCAUAGGCCCGACCUCCGAGCUUUCCAAGAAGCGCUGCCGUCUAAUGUACUCCUCUCUCGGCUACGACGCUGAUGUCUGCCUCUACUACGUGAAAGGGGAGUUCUUUGCCAUGGACGCCCGCUGCUCACACUCCGGUGGACCGCUGUGUGAGGGGGACAUCGAGGAGGCUGAUGGAGUCCUGCAGGUCUUCUGCCCCUGGCAUGACUAUGACUUUGACCUCAGGACUGGGAAGUCAGGGACGUCGUUACAACAACAAGUGUAUGAAGUCAAGCUAGAAGAGGGAAAUGUGUAUGUGAAGCACACGAGCCCUCUCUCCCUACGUCCUUUUCCUGUGGAUCAGAAAAGCCGAGCAGCCUCCUCCGGGCCUUAGUGAGGGCUGUGCUGCUGCCCCGACUCUCUCGGCCUAAGAUUUGUUCCACAAACCCGAGCCACUGGAAAACAUUCCUGAGCCUCAUCGUUCAUUUUCUCACAGUUUCUCCUUUGAACGCUGUGAACGCCAUGUCAAGGAAAAUGUGCGAAGAGGACAUUACAUCGUUAAAGGGUAUUUAGGUUUUCUCUGCUGACAUUGAGGAACCAGCGCAGACACUGAACAUGAAGAGGUCGGUGCUGACUUGGUAGCGUAGGGGCAGUAGCAAAUAUGCAACAGAAAACCAGGAAAUGUGACUGUACAAAAGCAAUUUUCUACUUGUAAGAUGUCAUUAAAAAAAAUAAUGUAUUAU